GACUUUGACCGGCUGAAAUUCGCAAUCAAUUCGUCUCGAUCGUUUAACCCAAGUGCCAUCGAAAUGUGGCCUAUCAUACGAGGUCCUCUGAGCUUUGCCGCUUCACAUUGCCGGACCGGCAUAAUCCGACAGCAGUGUUCCACUAGGGAACCAACCGGAGCUUCGGAAAUACAACAGAAAUCGGACCAAGCGGAUGCCACGAAACUGGAAGAACCAUCUAUCCUGGUGGAAAAAGAAGGUAACGUCACUUUUAUCGGUUUGAACAAACCGCACAAAAGAAAUGCCGUCGAUUCGGAAAUGGGCAGACAACUUACGGCCGCGAUUGAAGCCUUCGAACAGGAUACGACGGCCUCUGUCGGCGUACUCCACGGUAUUGGCGGAUCAUUCUGUUCCGGCUAUGAUCUGUCGGAAUUGGCCAAUUCGGAAGUGAAACCCCAGUCCGUAAUUCUUCAAAGAGGUGGCGUUAUGGGACCAACACGACGGAAUUUCAAAAAACCGAUGAUUUGUGCCAUAUCCGGUUACUGUGUAGCUGGUGGCGUGGAACUGGCGUUGAUGUGUGAUUUACGAGUCAUGGAGGAACUUGCCGUUAUGGGAUUCUACAACAGGAGGUUUGGCGUACCGCUAGUCGAUGGUGGAAGCGUUCGGUUGCCGGCUUUGAUAGGUAUUUCGCGGGCAAUGGAUUUGGUUCUGACGGGAAGGGGUGUACGGGCAAAGGAAGCUUUAGAGAUUGGACUGGUCAACCGGGUUGUCGCCGUGGGAACUGGACUGGGGCAGGCAUACAAUUUGGCGAUGAGCAUUGCCAAGUAUCCUCAGCUCUGCUUGAAUCACGAUAGGAAUUCGAUGUACUAUGCAGCAUUCCAGGCAAAAUCGCUCGAGGAUGCAAUGGAGUUUGAGGUGCUGACGGCGAGUGAGGAGUUGUUGAAGGACGCUGUGUACGGUGCGGAACAGUUCAAGCAGGGUGUGGGAAAGGGAGGAAAAUUUCAUGAUAUCAAGAAGAAACCGCUGCCGGAUUGGGAGAAGGAGGAAAUUGCAAAUGAAGCCAACGAAACGCCAAAGUCGAAAAUGUGAGCUUGAUGCCAUAUGCUUCGUGAGUGAGUAUGGAAUGUGAUUGAAAUAUACAUUUUAUUAGACUGUUGAUUU